GCUGGAAGAAGUUUAUAAGCCUAAUGGACCUGGAUCUUCUCAAGGAUUUGACUUUUCUUAACAUAGUGUUCGGAGUCGCAUUAGCCUAUACCGCCAGUAUCAAUUUCAGCAUGUUAUUUCCAUUUUUUUUGCAAGAAUCAGCUGGACUAAACCGAGCUGAUACAGCGAUGUGCAUGUCAGUUCUGGCUGGGGCGGACAUUGUUUCUCGGUUAACUCUUCCAACAAUUACACAAAUUCUGGGAUUUUCUUGUAGAUUGUCUUACCUCAUCGGAGCUGCCGCUCUAAUUUUAGCACGGGCAUUGUUAGCUGAGCAAAAAAGUUAUACCGGUCUUAUCGCUAUUUCUGCACUUUGCGGUUAUGUACGGGCGGCGACUGUUGUCAACCAGAACCUGGUGCUGAGCGAACACUGCAAAGCGUCCAGGCUGCCUGCCGCCUUGGGUCUCGGCAUGUGCGUUAAGGGAGCAUUUGUCAUAACUAUCGGGCAGUUUCUUGGUUGGCUUCGUGAUUACACGGGCAGUUACAGUCUAUGUAUACAUGCUCAAAAUAUUCUUCUGAUUCUCAUAGUGAUCACCUGGGUGCCCGAACUUCUUUACAAAUACUGCAAAAGAAAGUCGGAUAAAUUGCCUUUACGAUGA